AGAGAGAGAAGGAGAGGGAGGAGGAAGGAGGGGAGGUAGGGAGAGCAAGCGGGAACGAGUGUUUGGUGUGCGGGGCUCUGUUCGCCUCACAGGAGAAGCUGCGGGUCCACGCCUUGAGUCACACAGGAGAGAAACCCUUCCACUGCUCACAGCCGCACUGUCCCAAGGCCUUCAGCUCCAAAUACAAACUCUUCAGGCAUAUGGCCACACACUCUCCACAGAAGACCCAUCAGUGCUCAUUCUGUGAGAAAAUGUUCCACCGCAAAGACCACCUGAAAAACCACCUGCAGACCCAUGACCCCAACAAGGAGGCCUUCAAGUGUGAAGAGUGUGGGAAGCACUACAACACCAAGCUGGGAUAUAAGCGCCAUGUGGCCAUGCACUCUGCCACGGCAGGGGAUCUCACCUGUAAAGUGUGCAUGCAGAGCUACGAGAGUACGCCUAUCCUCCUGGAGCACCUCAAGAGCCACUCCGGGAAGUCUUCGGGUGGCACCAAGGAGAAAAAGCACCCGUGCGACCACUGUGACCGUCGCUUCUACACACGGAAGGAUGUGAGGCGACACAUGGUGGUCCACACGGGUCGGAAGGACUUCCUGUGCCAGUACUGUGCCCAGCGCUUCGGCAGGAAGGACCACCUGACACGCCACGUAAAGAAGAGCCACUCGCAGGAGCUGCUGAAGAUCAAGACGGAGCCUCCGGAUAUGUUAGGUCUUUUAGCCUCGGGAUCACCACCUUGCUCUGUGAAGGAGGAGCUCAGCCCCAUGAUGUGCGGCAUGGGUCCCAACAAAGACCCCAUGAUGGGCAAACCGUUCCCCAGUGGGGCCCCUUUUCCAAUGGGCAUGUACAACCCCCACCAUCUCCAGGCAAUGUCUAAUACUGGGGUGGGUCACCCACACCCGUCCCUAAUGCCCAGUUCCUUGUCUGCAGCUAUGGGCAUGGGCUGUCACAUGGAAUCCCCCGGACCUCUUCACCCACACUCCCAUCAUCACCACCAUCAUCACCACCAUCACCACCACCACCAUUCCCCUCCACUGCCCCCCCACCACCAGCCUCCGGCUCCCCAGCAGCAGCACCAGCCCCAGCCAGCCCCCAAAUACCAGCUGGGAUCUACCUCAUACCUGCUGGACAAGCCCUUGAAAGUGGAGAUGGAAAGCUUCCUCAUGGAUCUGCAGAGCGGUUUGCCAGGCCCGGUUCCCUCUGCAGAGCCCCACGCUGCUGCCUCGCCCCCCAAGGACGGACUGGAGCCCACUUCGGGCCUGACGGAUGAGCUUUGCGGGGAUCCCCUCCUGUCCAAGAGCCCUGCGGUGAUCGCGGAGUCUCUGUGUGCUGCUAACAUGGACUUCUCCCACCUGCUGGGGUUCCUGCCCCUCAACCUGCCCCCCUACAGUGCCCCCAUGAGCACGGGAGGGCUGGUGAUGGGCUACACCUCAUCUGCGACCUCCUCCUCUUCUUCCUCCUCUUCUUCCUCAUCUCUGCACGCUGCCGAGCCCCACGCUGCAGCAGUCGCCGCGGCAGCAGCUGCCGUUGCCACAGCACCUCUUACCUCUUUGCAACCGCAACCUCAGGAGCAGCAGAGCUCCAGUGGGGGUCUGGGCCUCGGACCCCUGCACCCCCUCCCCCCGGUGUUCAGCUCCAGCCUUAGUACCACCACACUGCCUCGCUUCCACCAGGCCUUCCAGUGAGAGGCCCGGCCCUGGGCCCAGGCCUGCCCAGCCAAGAUGGCCUCCACGCCAGCCUCAGCUCAGCUCAGCAUGGAUAUUUUUCAGGCUGUGGUUCUUUACAGAGCCUGAUAAAAAAAAGUUGGAAGAUUAGAAUAAAUAAACACUUAGAAGCCUUAAAUGAAAGCGCACAAAAGCUUUUGAUUGAGCCUUAAAAGGAAGUUAAACCCCUUUGAGUAAAAAGGAAAAGGUGAGAAAAGAGGUUGAAGCAGCUUUUAUUUGGGCUUUUUUUCCUAUCCUAUAGUUAUAACGAUGUAUUAACCCUUCUUUUUUUUUUUAUUUCCAUUUACAUCCCCUUUUAUCCCCCUUCAAUCCCCUAUUUAGUAGUAUAGAGGGCAGGAUCAGUAGGCCAAAAGGCGUGGUACUGCAUACUUUCUAAUGUAAUACUUUAAAAAAGAAAAAAAAUCAAAGAUAAUUUUUAGUGAAGAUUGUCUGUCUUGUUGUGACCCAGAAAAAAAUAUAGUUUGAAGUGGAUAUUUUGUUUUUACUUUAUUUUUUUUUUUCCAAAUGUAAGAACAUGGUAGAACGUGUCUCAUCUUGAGUUUUGAACCACCCACUCUAAUAACCUAAAUUGUCGUGAUUAGUCUGGAGAGGAGAGAGUGAAGGAAAGGAACGAAGAGAGAUAGACGUUGAGUCAACAAAUGAACCUUAACUAAAAAUCCUCUUAAACAGCAAGGCUAGAGCCACAAAAGUGACCCUGCCUCUAAAAAAAAGUGCUCUUUUAUAAGAAAAAAAAUUAGAUGCAAGUCCCAAUUAUUUUCUUUUAACUGUAACUGAUUUGCUCCUAGAGUCAGGUCAGUUUUAAUGAAAAUACUUCACUUAAUAAAAAACAGAGACCUACGUCGCCCCUGUUUUCUGCCAAACACAAAGACCAGUCACAUAAAUGGCCACAUAUUAUUUUUAAAGAAAAGAAAGAAAGAAAUGUGAAAGUGUGUGAGUUGGUUGACAAUUAUGUAUUAUCAUGCUGGUUUUUUUUUUUUUUUUUUACUUUUUU